GUCAUGAACCGCAUCAAAACUUUGCGUACAAGAUUCCGUGAUAUGGAAACAUGUCGUAAUCUUAGUGGUGCCGGUUGGGAUGAAAGCACCAAGACUGUCAUCAUGGAUCCUGAAUGUUUGGAUAGGUGGAUUGAGGACAAGAGCUUUAAGAAUGCUAAACUUAGACAAUAUGUCAAUAAACCCUUGACUCACUACGAUGAUCUUUCCCUUAUCAUCGGGGAUGAUCAAGCUAGAGGAGAAUUUGCAUGUGAUGCUUGGAAAAAAUUUAGUCGUAGUGAGUCCAUAAAUCUUGGAGAUGAUGGUGACUCGCCUUUACCUGCCUCACAAUCCCCUCAAGUACACAUUUUAGAUGAAGAGGACACUCCUCCGCCUAAGGAAACACCCGCCAUAUCAAGUUCUAAAGCAAAGGUAUGUGUUGCUAAGGGAAAGGCUCGUAGGAACAACCUAGAAGAUGAGCUCAUGUUAAAAAUGGUGGAUAAGAUAGAUGUAUUUAGCGCAAACAUGAAGAUAUUUCCUAAGAUGCAAGCAACCUACAAUGUGUACACAUUGUACUGGAUGGCUAUUGCUCUGGGGCAUUUAGGUAUUUGGUUUUCGUUGUUUGGUUGUUGCUGGUUUUUGCCGGUUGCUGGUUGGUGGUUUCUUGUUGUUGCUGGUUGCUGUUUGCUGGUUGUUCCUUCAGUUGUUGUUGUUGUGUCCAGAGUUGUGUUGUUGUGUCGUUUGGUUGUUGGGCCUGAAUGUUUCUUGUUGUUGCUGGCUAUGAUGAUUGUUAAUUUUUCUGAGAUUAGCAACCUGCAAUAUCUAUUGAUAUUGCACCGGAUGGCUAACGAUGAUGAUAUUGAACAAGUUCUGAGCCCACAGUCAUAA